GUACGUGGGAGUUAUGGCGCCGACAAAGCAGACCAAAGACAAGAAGCUAAAGAGGGCCUGGAACUUCACCCUGGAUUUGACACAUCCAGUGGAAGAUGGUAUCUUUGAUUCUGUCAACUUUGAACAGUUUCUGAAAGAGAAAAUUAAGGUUAAUGGAAAAACCGGAAACCUCGGAAACAUUGUUCAUAUUGGACGUUUGAAAAGCAAGAUUACGGUUUCAUCUGAGAAAAUUUUUUCUAAAAGGUACCUAAAAUACCUGACAAAGAAAUAUCUCAAGAAAAACAACUUGCGUGACUGGCUGCGGGUAGUUGCAUCUGACAAAGCAACCUAUGAGCUCAGAUACUUCCAGAUCAGCCAGGAUGAUGAAUCAGAAUCUGAAGAAUGAUUUGUUUAAUAAACAUCAUUGUUGUUGGUCU